AUGUUAAGACGAUUGAGACCAAAUCUUAUAAACAUCAAUUUUAGGUCAUUUAAUUCGUUUAAAGCAUUUUUUCAUAGCCAAAACAAAACAGAUAGAAGAAUAUUUAUGAUGACAAGGUUCGGACCUCCUAUAAAUAGGGAAAUGAAGGAGUUGGAUAGGAGUUUUUUCACCAAAGAAGUAGAUUUAGUAGUAUUAGUAUUUCCGGAUCCUAGUAAAUUAGGGGGAUUUGUCAAAGAUUGUAAGCAAGAUGUAUUAUACAUUCCUUCAGUUAAGCAUAUUGUUGAUGUAGGAUCGAAUAAAGGGGUACUUUUACAUGAAAAAAACCAAGAUUUAUCGACUUUCCAAGAUAAUCUUAGUGAUAAUACAAAGCAAUAUAUUAAAGAAUUCGGUUUAAUACCCCAGAUCUAUAAGUUCAAAUUAGAUUAUAAUUUCUGGAGAGCUGACGAUAUUUUAAGAGCAGUUUUACCUGAAAAGUUAUUGGAUGAAAUCCCUACAGGUUUUGCUCAAGCCGGCCAUGUAGCUCAUAUUAACUUGAGAGAUGAAUUCAAACCUUUUGGGAAACUUAUAGGACAAGUUAUCUUGGAUAAGAAUUCAAAGGUCGAGACAGUAGUUGAUAAAAUCGAUUCUAUUGGUUCAAAAUUCAGAACUUUUCAAAUGGAUGUUUUGGCAGGUAAAGAUGAUCUAUUAGUUGAACAAAGUGAAAGUGGAUGUAGAUUCAGGUUCGAUUUCAGUAAAGUUUAUUGGAAUUCUCGUCUUAAUACAGAACAUGAAAGAUUAAUCUCCCUGUUUGGAUCGAAUGGUGGAGUUGUGGGAGAUGUGUUUGCGGGUGUGGGACCUUUUGCAGUACCUGCUGGUAAGAAAAAGAUCUUUGUCCUUGCUAAUGAUUUGAAUCCCGAGAGUUACAAAUAUCUUCAAGAAAAUAUAAAGCUCAAUAAAACAGAUGAUUUCGUGAAAUCUUCCAAUUUAGAUGGAAGAGACUUCAUCAAACAAUCCGCCAAGUUAUUGAUUGAAUGGGCCGAUGCUGCAGGAACAAUCGAAGAGAAGAAACUCAUCAAGAAAAGAAAACAUCUGGAAAAUCAACCAGCGGUAUUCGAUACCGUCAAAUAUACCAUACCUAAAUAUUUCAGUGAUUAUGUAAUGAACUUACCUGAUAGUGCUUUAACAUUUUUAGAUGAAUUUAUUGGUCUUUAUAGUGAUCCUGAAGUUGAAAAAGUUGUAAAAUCAAUUCCUGAAUUCAAAUUACCUACCAUAAAUGUUCAUUGUUUCGAAAAAUUCAGCUCUAAUGAACCAGAACCAACUAUGGAAGAAUUACAUUCAAGAAUCCAUGCUAAAAUAAUCAAAAUCAUUGACUUUGAUUUACCUAUAGAGGAAUUUAAAUUUCAUUUAGUAAGGAAAGUAGCUCCCACUAAACCAAUGUUUUGUGUAUCUUUCACAUUACCUGAAGAAGUUGCCUUCAAAAAAUUUUAA